AUGGUUCCCCAGGUUUUUGGGCUCCUCGCUUUGUGCGCGUUGCCCCUCACGCACGUCUCAGCUAUCCCUCUCGACCUACAGGCUGUCCUGGGAUACAAAGAAGUGUCUCCCAAUACUCCCACAGGAUUUGAACUACCCGAGGAUAUAGAAACCCUGACUCGUCCUUCAUGGUUUGAGUCAACCCUUAUGGCCCGUCGACUCCUCGCCAAGUCCUCCUCGGGAGUGAUUUCCACCGUCUUCCCAAAUCCACUCCCACCAUCAGCCCGUUCUCCUGCCUCGAUUGCCGGUCUCCCCAUCGGUCUAAGAGAAUAUAUCGCCGACUGUGAUGGAGCUCUUCCCUCGGAACUUACUCAUUCCGAUAAUGGUGACCCAACUAUUCUCGCCCUUCGCGUCGCAACCACAUUCAAGAAUAUUGGCACCGCCUCUAACUUCAGUCUUGAGCUUGACUGGUGGGAUCACAUUGACCAAGCUGGACCUGUUUACCCUGGAUUACCUCUGAGCCCUGCUGCGCUGCCUCGAGUAACUUUAUUCGGAUACCUCGAUCCUCUUCCUGGACUUUCAAACUAUAACACCGCCGAACUGGAACAGUGUUUCCUCAAAUCUCAUCCCGAUGCGAAGGUCUGGCUACCCGGUGCAUCUGGUUCACCACAUUCGAGCUUCUGGGCUCGGAUGGUAGUUACUCAAGCAUACUGGAUUGGUGGAUUCGGCGACGUGCAGCAUAUUGGCUGGAUUGAUAUUAACGAGUGGAAGGGUAUCCGACGAUAUAAGAGUGAGAAUGGGGUUGGUGAUGGACGUGGAUGGGAAGAUGUGCGACUUCCCGGGGAAGAUAAGGAGUGA